UUUUCGAACCUUUGAGGUUUAUAUUAAAGAAUACAGUGAUUUUGCAAAAGUUUGUUAUCAUAACAAUUAAACAAGUGUGCGUUCCGGCAUUCAUAACGAUUGACUAAGAAAUUGUUAGACAGUAAAAAAUCAUCAACAAAUUUCGUGAUUGUUUAUCAAGAGAUUGCUUAGCCAACCAUUAUAAAUAAUCACGAAAUUUGUUGUAGUGUUUCUAGCCGCUGCAACAAAUACAUAUUUAUCAACAAAAUAUAAGGUGUAUCUAGCGAUUAAGAGUUGCUUUUUGUAGUAGUGUUCUUAUUAGGAUCAUUAUGUAUGAACUACAACUGAGUUAGAGUUGAGUUUUGAUAAGAAAAGUUGGAAGUUGUGGGCAUGCUAAUUGAAAAACCGCAAGUAUCGACUAUCGUGAAACAAGCACUUGAUAGUUGAUCCUGAUCUUGUGGGGUUGGUCUUAAAUAUCUCAGGGUACUUAGUCUAUAAGAUGGAUUCAAUAGUUUUUUCUACUGUGGAAAUAUUGAGAACAGAUUUAUUCACAACUCUUUUUGGACUUGGAUAUUGGGCAAACAUCCAUAGUUUCUAGCACUAUUUGAGUAUCUGACUGUCCAAAUGGUUGCUGGAUUAUUCCAAUCCUCUGGAUGUCCUGCAGUAGUUGCAAUGGUUGGGAAUUAGUUUUGCAAAGAAGAAGUUAUUUAUAAUGGGUAUUUAGAAUUCUCACACUUCUGUUGGGAUAUUACGGGGUCAUUAGUCGCAUCAAUAUUAUUGAAAUACAAAUGGGGUUGGUCGGUGAUUGUUCCUGGUAUCCUUAUUGCUUUUAGUGGCAUGAUAGUGUUCCUUUUGUUACCCGUUUAUCCGAAAUCCAUUGAAUGCAAUAAAGAUGAAGUGCUAUCUCUAGGAAAAGAAGACGAGGAAGUGAAUGAACCUCUCUCGAGAUCAAACAGAGAAAGAAAUCGGCCGUGGGUUUUAGUGAAGCACGGAGGAUUCCCGAAGUUGUGCCAUCUGGAAAGGUCAAAAGUAUGUUGCACUUGGCUGAACUGGUUGAGAAACAUAAUGAUCAAAUUGCAACGUUCGAGACUUGGGACACUGAGAAGCCAUAUGAACAGGCUGUUAAGAUUGGAGUACGCUGGUUGUACAUCCCCGUUAUUAUGCUGUUAGCUUUAAACUCAGUAAGAACUACAUUGAGGUACAAUGUAUCAUAUAAAGUCGGGGUUUCUUGAUUGACAUACGACAAAUGGAGAGCUCUGACUAUGCAUCGGUCUCUCACCAAAAAGGUAUGGUAACCUCAAAAAAACUUUCCUUGAAUCUGAAGACGAGAAACUUCAAUAAGGAAAUUUGUGAGGAGCCUGUUGGCCAAGACCAUUAAUAGGUUUUGAUUGAACAACCAAUAUAUAGUCAUUCUUGAUUAUAUCUAUUAAUUUCCUUAUUUCGUAUCAUAGAAUAAGAAUCUAUACUAAAAAAAUAUUUGUGAGGUUAUAAUUAGCAUAUACUCUUAGUCAUGGAUACACUAUAAGCUUCCACAAAUGUUACAUCUAAUAUGUAUGUGACAAAGGAUCAAUUGUACAUGUAAUGGUAAGUCCCAAAUCUUACAAAUUAUAUCAGAGACAAUUAAAUUUUGCCCUUAAUUAGCAGUAAACACUCGAGAAAAGUUAUUUUGAUACCAUCAUCUUUAUAUUGGCAUUUGUGAUAUAGCUUAAUAUCCAAUGGCACUAUCAUGAUAGCUAAUUUAUGUCUUCCUUUCCUCAUAUUACUUGCCACUGGACUCGCUAAUGGGUUCAAAGAUUAAUUGACAAUUAAAAUCCUCAUUGUGGUCCAUUUAAAUCUAAAGAGUAUGCAAGAGUGCUAUGGUUUGUGAUGUUACUUUUUGAAAAUUGUAUCUUGAUUAAUGUGUUUUACUUUAUUAUUAUCCAGUUUGUUCAAGUUGUGUGAUAUAUUUAGGUGGCAUGCUUUCGAUUUUUAGCCCUCAAAAGAAGAUGGUUGUGUUAUUCUUCAAAAUAUAGAAUCAGAUUUUGUUAUCUUGAGUCAAUUGAAGCAAGUUUCCAAGGUGGAAAUUGGAAAUAAUCUGUCAAAACAUGAGAAGGUUCAAAAACUUAUUAUGUAACAGUGGUUAGAAGCUUUAAGUCGCACAUAUAUUUUUGUCUAAUGUAUGUAAAAAAUAUAAUUAGAUCCAAAGUGUAUAUGAACUUAAACAAUUAUUUGUUUAAUCAAAUAUGCUGCAUUAGUAUAUUUAUCAGAUCAACAUUAAAGUUGCCUAA